CAACACAACGAAAUCAUCACCUCACCUCCAAACUCACAUUUAUACACUCACCAUUCAACUGCAAUUUCCUCUUCUAAAUCAUGGCUACCACACUGGUUCUCAAGUUUGCCUCCUUGGUCGUGAUGUGCAUGGUUUUGGGCUCUCCUUUCGCCGAAGCGGCUCUGCCAUGUGGCCAGGUACAAUUUACUGUUGCACCAUGCAUUGGCUACCUGAGGAGCCCUGGUCCAUCUGUCCCUGCACCAUGCUGCAACGGGAUCAGGACUCUUAAGAACCAGGCCAAGACCAUCGCUGAUCGUCAAGGGGCUUGUAGGUGCCUCAAAUCCACUUCUCUGAGCUUGCCAGGACUCAAUCUUCCAGCCCUUGCCUCUCUCCCUGGCAAGUGUGGGGUCAACUUUUCCUAUAAGAUAACCCCCUCCAUUAAUUGCAACACGGUAAACUGAGCCGCUGGAAUUGCAUGAGGGUAUUUAGUUAUCCUUGUUGAGUCUUGUGUAAUAGCAAUAAUUAAGCAAAGAGAGAAUAAAGAAGAUGGUUAAUCAUAUUGUAUUUCGAUCAUAAUUAUAUAAUAAAAAUCUCAUAUACUAUGUC